AUGGCUUCUCCUCCUCCAAUAGACUUCGACAAGAUCAGAGAGAACUCAGAUGGGUCUCUUGGGUCCAUGAUAAAGCUGGGCUUCACAGAAGUGAUUCUGAAUAACCCCUACUUCGCAGCUGGUGGUGGUCUAAUGGUAUUAGGAACAGGUUUGGCGCUUGCCCGUCAGGGUAUUGUCAAGAGUUCGGGCUUCAUCUAUCGUCAGUUGCUUGUAGACCUAGAGAUUCCUUCUAAGGACAAGUCGUACCUCUGGUUUCUCGAAUGGAUGUCUCAGUAUAAACACAGAACGCUGCGUCACUUAUCUGUGGAAACUAACUUCGUUCAGCACGAUAACGGUUCUGUUUCGACUCGGUUCUCUUUGGUUCCUGGUCCAGGUAAGCAUUUAAUCAAGUACAAAGGUGCCUACAUGUUGGUUAAUCGUGAAAGGUCUGGAAAGUUGCUUGAUAUGACCAGUGGAACACCGUUUGAAACAGUGACCUUAACCACAUUGUACAGCGACAGAAAGUUGUUCAGCGAUUUGUUAGGUGAGGCCAAGCAGCUAGCUUUGAAAGCUAGAGAGGGCAAGACUGUUUUAUACACUUCGUGGGGUCCAGAAUGGCGGCCCUUCGGUCAGCCUAGAAAGAAAAGAAUGAUCGGAUCGGUUAUUCUCGACAAAAGCAUUGCCGAAGGCAUCAUUUCAGACGUCAAAGAUUUCUUGGACAGUGGAGAAUGGUACCAUAAACGAGGCAUACCCUACAGAAGAGGUUAUUUGUUGUACGGACCACCUGGAAGUGGUAAGACUUCUUUUAUUCAGGCUUUGGCUGGAGAGUUAGACUACAAUAUCUGCAUUUUGAAUUUGUCGGAAAGCAACUUGACCGACGACCGGUUGAACCACUUGAUGAACCACAUUCCAGAAAGAUCUAUAUUGUUACUUGAAGAUAUCGAUGCUGCCUUCAACAAAAGAGCUCAGACGGAAGACAAGGGCUACACUUCAGGGGUUACCUUUUCAGGUUUGUUAAAUGCGCUAGAUGGAGUUGCUAGUGCGGAAGAAUGCAUUACCUUCAUGACAACUAAUCAUCCCGAAAAGCUUGACCCAGCCCUCAUGCGUCCUGGCAGAGUCGAUUAUAAGGUUCUAGUGGACAAUGCUACUGAAUACCAGGUCAGACAGAUGUUCUUACGAUUCUACGAAAACGAGAACGAGCUCUGUGAAGUGUUCAUGAACAAAUACAGACACCUCCAAUUGACAAAGGUCAGCACAGCUCAACUACAGGGAUUGUUUGUCUACAAUAAAAGCAACCCACAGCUGGCCAUUGACAUGAUCGAGACAUUGCAGAACCCAAAUACCGUGUUCUAG